AUGAAAGAAGCAACAAAACUGCUGAGGAACCCGAAGUUCGCUUCACAUUGCGACUGCAAGAUCCCAAUAAUAAUCUCUGUGGUGCUGCUGUUAUUUACACUGGAGGUCACCGCAAGGACUGAUUGCGGCUUCAAUUACACCGAAGCACUGUACAAAGGUAUCCUAUUCUUCGAGGGGCAACGAUCUGGAAAGCUCCCUGAAGACCAACGCAUGACAUGGCGGGGAGACUCUGCUCUUACGGAUGGCUCCGAAUCCAAUGUGGACCUCACGGGAGGCUACUACGACGCUGGCGACAAUGUGAAGUACCAGUUUCCGAUGGCAUUCUCAAUUACCAUGCUUUCUUGGAGCGUGAUCCAGUAUAAAGACGCUUUUAGAAACGCAGGACAGCUCAAGUAUGCGCAGCAAUCUGUCAAAUGGGGCACGGAUUACUUUCUCAAGUGUGUCACCGGUCCUACCCAGCUAUGGGUUCAGGCUGGGGAUCCAAAUUCGGACCACAAUUGCUGGGAAAGGCCAGAGGACAUGGACACUCCACGCACCGUUCACCAAAUCAACGCAUCGUCUCCGGGAACAGAAGUUGCCGCAGAAACUGCUGCGGCUCUGGCAGCAGCCUCUAUUGUGUUCAAAGACGAUGAUGCAGUCUACUCUGAGAAGCUUCUUGACACGGCCAUGACGGUUUUCGACUUCGCAAAUUCCUACCGCGGCGCCUACUCGGAUGCUUGCCCUUUCUACUGCUCCACAUCAGGUUACGACGAUGAGCUAUUGUGGGCAGCGGCAUGGCUAUACAAGGCAUCGAGCCUGCCAACUUUUCUACAAUAUGUGGUGGAUAACAGCAGCUUGAGCUACGUCAUAUCAGAGUUCAGCUGGGACAACAAACAUGCCGGACUACAAAUUCUUCUCUCAAGUUUGUAUUUUUCUGGUGAGACAUCUCUUCAAAGCUAUCCUGCCAAGGCUGAUGCAUUUUUAUGCUCCACUCUCCCUCAAAGCUCACAAAAGACUGUAACUUACACACCAGGCGGCCUGCUUUACAUUCGCGAAGGCGCAAACAUGCAAUACGUUGCAGGAUCUUCGUUCUUGGCCGCAGUAUAUGGGGACGCACUUGCCGCAGCCAAUCGGGCGCUAGUCUGUGGAAGCUCAAGUUCGUUCACAUCCAGCAAUUUAUUGGCAUUCGCCAAAUCUCAGCUCGAUUACGUAUUAGGAAAUAAUCCCCUUGAGCGAUCAUACAUGGCGGGGUUUGGGAGGAAUCCACCGGUCCAGUUUCAUCACCGAGGCGCCUCCAUAGCGUCCAUCCGUGUGAGCCCUGAGCAUGUUGGUUGCGGACAAGGCUACGUCGACUGGUUCCACAGCAAUAACCCAAACCCUAAUGUCUUGACGGGCGCCAUCGUCGGAGGGCCCAACAGUGCCGACAAUUUCACUGAUUUUAGGAAUGUCUCUUCGCAGACAGAGCCAACUACAUACAUAAAUGCAGCAUUCGUUGGCGUCAUUGCGAAAUUUGUCAUGAAUUUGAAGCCUGGGGAACACAGCCUGACCUUAUUCUAGGCUUCCCCACUUUUCAGACAUAAAUGCAUUUGUUGUUUAGACCACAGAAUUAUCUUGUAGUUUCGUGUAGUGCUGGUAGCUCCUUAAAAACAAGCUUAUUGUCGUUGUGAUCACAUAAUCAUGAUGCAGCAAUGGAAUGCUGACAAAUGAUCAAUCAACCCAUUCUUUCGAGGUUGCGCUGAUACGGUAAUUCUAUCGGAGGUCGUGAUAAUGUGUGCUAUGUAAUAAAAAAUAAAAAAAUAGAGUAAUGAUAACGCCGUAAUAUGGUGGGACAUUCAUAUUGAGAGGUGAAUUUGAGAA